AUGAGGACCAGAAGUGCCAAGCGCAUCAAGUUGGAGCCGUUUGGAGUGCAGGAACAGAGUGGGUCCCCCAGUCUUCCGCCUAAUGUCUUUGCGUUUGCAAAGCCAUCGCAGGGUCCACCUCACUGGCACGAAGUCUACAAUGAAGUGGUGAAAAUGAGAGCCAAGUUCUGGGCUCCCGUCGACUCUCAGGGAUGUGAACGAAUGCCAGAAACAAUCAACCCGGGCGUCAAGCUCCGGAGCCCCAAAACCUUCAGGUUCCAGCUCUUGAUAUCAUUGAUGCUCUCGUCUCAGACCAAAGAUGAGGUCAACUUCGAUGCCAUGAAAGCGUUACAUCAAGGGUUGAUUGCAAAGGGGUACCCCGACGGUUUGACUCUCGAGUCGGUGCUACCACUCACUGAGAAAGAAAUAGAUGCCUAUAUCUGCAAAGUCGGAUUUCACAACCGUAAGGCCAGCUACAUCAGAAACACAUGCCUCAUAUUAAAAGAAAAGUACGGCGGAGAUAUCCCCAAUACAAUCGAAGACAUCGUCAGCUUACCGGGGGUGGGCCCCAAAAUGGGAUACUUGUUACUUCAAAAUGCCUGGAAUAUAAACUCAGGUAUAGGAGUAGAUGUCCACCUCCAUCGACUCGCAGAAAUGUGGAAGUGGACGAAAAACGCCAAAAAUCCAGAACAAACUAGAGCACAGCUAGAGGAAUGGUUGCCCAAGGAAUAUUGGUCCGAUAUAAACCCCUUAUUGGUCGGCUUUGGCCAGGCCAUUUGUGUACCCAAAGCAAAUAAUUGUGACAUAUGUACGUUGGGUGCAAAGGGUCUCUGCAAGUCCGCUAAUAAAAAGUUGUUGGGGGUAGGUAUUGGCCAAAAGAGAUUGGAAAAGCUACAGAAACAAAGAGCCGACUUAUCGUUAUUGUUAAAGGAAUUAGAGUGA